AUGCACAAGUACAAGUCCAGCAAGGCCCGCUGUGACGUUGACGAGUGCUGCGUUCUGCAUUUUGCAUGGACGCUCCAGGGAACAAGUCGUUGGGUAGUCGAGGUCUCGUGGAGCGAAGUGCUCGCUGAGUUGGCACGUCGUUUGUGGCUAAGGGAAUUGGCCCCAGGGCAAGUAAUCGGUGGAGAACGCCUGGAGGAGAUCUUUCCGGCUUGGAUCACAACAAAGAUCAGAAAGCCACUCAUGGAGAAGCGAGGUGGAUGCGACGCCAGGGCAUCAGCCUCACGACGUCGUCGCCUGAUAUAUGAGAUCUGGGAGAAAGGUGCGAAGACGCCGCCGAUCCGAUGGUCCUCAUCCGCCUUUGUCAGGAACGGUCAAAAACGCUUUGGCCGCCCGAACUGCAUUGAUGACUGGCGCACGAGGCGCUCGUAUUCCGCGCCGCCAGGCGCAGUUGUGAGAUCACACUCCGGGUCGUGGAGUGGAGGAGAAACGGUCCGCGUUCUGGGUUGGGAUAAUUGGCCAGGUUGGGCGCGGUGUGCGAUCCCGCAGAGGGCGGAGAGAGCCCAGUGA